GUCAAAUAUGCAUUUUUCUCCAGCGAGAGGAAGGAUGACUCCUAGACCUGUCUUUGUCCCAUACUUGGGAAGAUAAGCCGUUAGUUUACAUUGCCAGGAUGAGAUUCAACUGAUCUGUUUUAGAGUAAAGAUCUUGGGGGCCCACAAGGAAUUUCCUUGUAAACAAGCCCCUUGGGGAGGUGUGUGGCUUUUGAUCUUUGUAGCUAUCUAUUUAGGAACAAAAUGGGAGGCAGUGUUGCCUGACUCAGUUUCCAAGCUUGACUCUUCCCUUUGGCGUAGUAAUUUGGGGGUCCAGAGAUUUUUAUUUUCCCUUCACAAGCUAACAGGAGCCUUUGGAGAGAAUGCUCUGGACCGGAAGCGCGCCCCCGGGGCCGGUCCCGGAGGGCUCGAUCCGCGUCUACAGCAUGAGGUUCUGCCCGUUUGCUGAGAGGACGCUUCUGGUCCUGAAGGCCAAGGGAAUCAGGCACGAAGUCAUCAAUAUCAACCUGAAAAAUAAGCCUGAGUGGUUCUUUAAGAAAAAUCCCUUUGGUCUGGUGCCAGUUCUGGAAAACAGUCAGGGUCAGCUGAUCUAUGAGUCUCCCAUCACCUGUGAGUACCUGGAUGAAGCAUACCCAGGGAAGAAGCUGUUGCCGGAUGACCCCUAUGAGAAAGCUUGCCAGAAGAUGAUCUUAGAGUUGUUUUCUAAGGUACCAUCCUUGGUAGGAAGCUUUAUUAGAAGCCAAAAUAAAGAAGACUAUGCUGGCCUAAAAGAAGAAUUUCGUAAAGAAUUUACCAAGCUAGAGGAGGUUCUGACUAAUAAGAAGACGACGUUCUUUGGUGGCAAUUCUAUCUCUAUGAUUGAUUAUCUCAUCUGGCCCUGGUUUGAACGGCUGGAAGCAAUGAAGUUAUAUGAGUGUGUAGACCACACUCCAAAACUUAAACUGUGGAUGGCAGCCAUGAAGGAAGAUCCCACAGUCUCAGCCCUGCUCAUUAGUGGGAAGGACUGGCAAGGUUUCCUAGAGCUUUACUUACAGAACAGCCCUGAGGCCUGUGACUAUGGGCUCUGAAGGGGGCAGGAGUCAGCAAUAAAGCUAUGUCUGAUGUUUUCCUUCACUAAUAUGAA